AUGACGCUUGUGGAGGAGUCUCCUUCGAGGCCUAUGGAAGGGCUUGAAGUCGGACGGCCUACGUCCACCGGCAAGAGUGAUUCGAGAGCGGACUUAGAUGAGGGCAUUGCCGCGGAUGUAGACUUCUCGUCGAUAGACGAACAUGUGCGUCAUGACUGCUACGACGAUGUCAUGGACACCGUCCGGACCCCGCGCAACGGAGAUCAGCAAAUGUCGCUGGACUGGCUCGAGCCGCUCGAAUUGUUCAAUCUCGGCGAGGUCAGCAAGCCUGUAGCAAGUCAAAGUGCCGCUGGACCCGUCGCCUCACCGGGUCCGGCGACGAUGAACGCCUUAGAGCCAUCGGCAGCGCCGCGACGAGAGCUGCACCUAACUGACACGGAGACCGGGAUAGGCCUCCAAGAAUCCUCGUUCCGCGGCUAUAGAAGCAAGUAUAAGCGAAAGCGACUGCACGUUGGGUGUGGACAUGGCGACGAUGACGAUGUCACUGGCGAAGAAGCCGAGGUUCUGCGCGAGGCGAAAGACGGAUUACAGAGGCGUCGCAAAGCUCGCAAACGCCGCGGCAACACUGAUUGUCGCUCGCCACAUCCUGGCCGGCCGGUCAUUACCGCGUGCUCGCCCACGACUAUGCUAGUGCUAUUCCAACUAACUCGUAGGAGACACUGCCGAGAUGACGAUGCUCGCUCUCGGCUGUCUAAAUCUUGCGUCGCAUCGACAUCGCCAGAGCCGCUAGAGCUGCAAGAGCAACCGACCUGGGCCGUUGACCGCAUCGUCAAAUGCAGUCGGAAGAAUGGUAACGUGUUCUACAGGGUCAAAUGGAAAGAUACCUAG